AAUUCGUCAAAUAUUUCGUCAGCAACUCUAACGAAAGCGGGAAAUUUUAGACGACCUGACCUGUUGCCAAACAAAAUAAAAACAAAUUAAAGUUUAUACUGUGAUAUAAAAGUUAUAUUUUUUUCCAUGAUUUCUGGUGGAUAAAAGAUAUCUAUAUCUAUUUGUUUAUUGUUUGCUGACAAAAUGGAUUCUGAUGACGACGAAGAAUUAAGUUUGGAGGAAAAUAUAAGACAAUGGCCCGACCAUCAUGGCGGGAAACUCAACGAAAUUUUAUCCGAAGUUGAAACGAAAAUUCCAAGUUUAGAGUUUGAUGAUGAUGAUAAUGAAGAAGUAAUAUCAGUCUGGUCACCACCUAAGAAUGUCCCAUCAUUUUACAAACAAUUUACAUCAUGCAUACCAGCUAAAGAUAAACAGAUUACAGCUAUUCAAUCAUCUUCAGUGUCUGGUCAAACAGAUGAUGAUCUUUUAGAUUCCCAGAAUGAGGCUCCUGUAGCUACUCCAUUGGCCACUGUCUCUUACCAAAAAGAUAGUGAUUUAACAUAUUUUGAUGAUACAACACCGCCCAACACAGACAAGACAACCCCUAGUGUAAAUAUUAAUCAGAGUCUACAAGAACUGGACUGUAGUAAAAGUUUUAAUGUCAGUCAUACAGAUGGUUGCAGUGAUGCUUUUAACACUGAACAUCCCAUAGUGUUAAUGAAAACCUCAUCCUGUCAAACUUCCAAUAAUGAAUUGUCAGACACUCAUGAGGUUGAAAUAUCCACUGCAUUAGAUGGAAAAGUUGUUAAUCCUAGUGCUCCAAAUGAUGAGCAAGUUUCUAAAAAUUGUUCAUCUUCACACCAUGAUAAUAUCCCCACAGUCAAAUUAAGACAGAAAGUUGAUACACAAAUAUCUACCUCAGUUUCAUGCCAAACAGAGCACAACUAUUCUGUAUAUAUAAAGUUAGAUGAGUCAAAACAAACUGUUGAUCCUGUUGGCAAAAAUAUUCAACCAGAUGAAGCCAUCCAAAUGCCUCUACCUGCAGAGCAAAAAGAGUCACAUUCGUCAACUAAAAAUGAUGCUGAAUAUAAAAACCAGUUGGACUUUGACUUACUUAAAGAGAUCAACUUUAGUGAACUUCAGUUAGUGCUGGGAACACUUCCUUCAAAGAAUGAACUCUCGGUAUCUGAUCUUCUUCCCAGCACAUCACAACAGAGUGACAAGAUAAUGCACUCUGCUGGUGAUGCUGAGUUGAUGUCUAAGCUGUCUGACCUCUCCAAAGAUCAGUUGAGUGCAUGUACUAGUGUCAUGGAUAGCAGUUGUCAAAUCAUUGCUGAAAGUUUUUAUCAAACAAAGAGGAAGGUGAAAUGCAAUUACGGAUCUGCUAAAUCUAUUCAUACUUGGUCACAGUUAAGCAGUGAUGACAAUUCCUCCCAAGAGCCACAAACGGUAUUUCUUGAUUUAAGACCUGAGGGCAAUUUGGAAAAAGAAAAGGUACAGGAAGAAGAGGCGUAUUCCGAAUCAAUACAGCGAAUCUUAGGUCUUAAAAAAGAAAGAUUAGACAGCAACUCUGAUGAGGAAAGUGACGAUGAACACACUGAAUGGCGUGAGAUGCGCAUGAAACUCAAGGAAAGAGCAAAACGACAACCCGAGGAGCGCACGAAAUCCGAUCAUUCCAGUAAAGUAAUCAGGGAACCUUUUCUGCAGCAAAUUUCAAGUGCUACCGUGGAAAAACUUGAUGAAAAAGAAUUGACAGGGGGUUUACCAGUGGAGGAACAUAGCGAAUAUUGUGAAAAUAGUAUCAGUAAAGAAAUAGAUGCGAAGUCCAUUGUCAAGAGUGAAUUGGAAGAAUCCCCGUGUUUGAAUGUCAAGGAUGGUCGUGUUUCUUCGCGGAGUGAAGACGUAACGGAACAGGCAGAUGCCAGCAUGUCUUUAGGAUGCAAAAUUGGUGUAAAUGUACUACAAGAUGAUAGGUGUCAGUCGGAAGAAAAAGAACAGAAGAUUAUUAUUGGUCCGAAAAUUACAAAAGACGAGAAUUUUGCUUAUGCGAACUUAAACAAGGAAGAAUUAAAGUCUCAAAAUGAUUAUUUAUCCGGUAAAAUUGAAAAAGACGAGUGGUUCUUUGAGACGCACGCAGAGCCAAGUACUACGCAUGCAAAUAUUGCAAGUAAGAAAAAUGAUCCUCUUGACAAUAAGCAUCACAUUGCUCAUGAUGAAAAAGGUAUUAGGCCUACUACUCAGUCUCAGCAGUUCGACGAUGAGAAAGACCAGAAUAGCUCUAGAAGUGUUGCAUUUAGAUCAGGGAACACAAGACGUAUCCAGAGGGAUGAAAAAACUGCCUCGAGUGGUGGAAAAAGUGAGGAAUUUAAAGAAACUAAUACCAAUGAUUUAUGUUCAAGUAAAAUGAGCGAGAGUGUACAGUUGGUGAUUCAACAGAGAUCAGAUGAAAUUAGUACGGUGGAAGUAGGGAUAAAUUUACGAUUCAGUGGGACUGAAGAAGGCGCUAAUGAUGACACAAAAAACAUGCGUAUAGGUUCAUUGCCGAAGGAAAAAGAACAACAGUGUGGUAUUUAUGAGAAACGGGAACUAUCAAACGAUGUUCUUGUUGUAGAUCCAUGCAAUGUUUAUAGGAUUAUCGAGUGUAUGAACGAGAAAACAUCAAAGCAAUCCCUGACUACUGAGACCUAUAGAACAAUCACACCAACCAUUCUUGAAAAGAAAGAGGCAAACAAAAAUAAACUGGAUAAAUUUUCCAAACCACAAAAGGAACGAAGUCAGAAGGAAUUGAAGAAACUGAAAGAGAAACUAAAACUUAAUAUUGAACGUAUGAGGCCCACGGUGACAGCAAGUGGAAAGUAUCCUGCUGCGUGUAAUACACCGAUCAUAUAUGACCAGGACGCUUCAUUUCAACCUCAUCAGCAAGGUUUAUUGCUUACAUUAGAAGGGCAACUUAGUUUACUCCUUGUUGUCACGUUGACUGGUUGUGGGGAAAUUAACCAUCAAUAUUCGAAAGGAAAUGGCUUAGCCUCGGGAGCUGAAGUUAAUCAAUACUAUGCUCUUAUAUCAUGGUUAUGUUAUCUUUGCAAUCCCCACAGCGAAGACAAAUCCGUGCCAUUCACCGUUGUCGGUAUUCACCAAGCGUAUCAAAAUGGUCAACUACAACUUUUCGUUGGUGUUCAACCAAACGGGAAGGUAUAUGAUCCGAAUAUCACCAAAGGUUCUACAAAGAACAAAACACGUGCUUUUAAUAAAGCAAUAUCCAAGUAUCUUUCCACACAUUCAUUAAGAAGCGUUUACCAAAAAAUCGAAAAUGUUUACCUAAAUGGUUGUUGUCAAGUAGACGAGGACGCUUAUAGUUCGAAGAUGUUGUCAACGUACAUAACUGUUGGGCAAGAUUUAAACGCCGUGCGACGUGUUUUUAAAAGCAAAUCUUGUUUUUAUUGGGAAACCAUUGAACUUGAAGGUAGCAAUGAUUGUUACCAAGACUAUAGUCCGUGUGAUGUCAUUGUGGAAAAUACAGUUGUAUUUCUACGAGCUCCUUUGUAUUAUCAUCCUUCUUGUGUUCUUGACUUACUCACCCGUAUUGAGAAUGAUGGUUGCGAUGUCGCUGGUCUUCGGCUUACAACUGAACACGACCCAUCAAGUAAUGUCCCAGAUGACAAUGGGAAAGAUGAGAUUCCUCAGUCAAGAUAUGAUCUCCAACCCACCCUUAAUUUAGCUGUCAGGGGUCCAUUUGCUAUAGCAAAGAUGAAGAAAAUCAUUGGAUCCAAAAUUCCCUUGUUGGAUGACCGACGGGAAAUACCCUCUCUUCGUGCUAUAUAUUGUUCCACGAAUACUGAGGAUAAAUCGUUUUACUGUCCAAGUUACGUUAAUCAAGCUACAGCACACUUGGCUCGUGUGUUUGGUGGACGCUUGACCGAGGACGACAUCCGAGCUGUGGAGGAUUCUAAUGAUAAACCCAAACCAUGUUCCCCGGACAGUGUUCCAGCUCAAAAGCCUCCUGCAUUUUUGGUAACGUCAACCCGCGUUGCAUUCAUUCUCAUCAUCUCACCAUUGGUUCCUCCUAGCUUCCUUGGCGAACUUCUUCAUACCUGUUUUCUCCGGGGCUUCGUUCUGCAUGGUAUACGACGAGUCCAGCUUAGUAAACGCCAAGGAACAAGCCUUGGUUUUUCACAACUUCUGAUGAACGUGUUCUGUCCAUCAGCUGGAAAUACACCCGUUCAAAGUCCAAGUGGUUCUCCACCAGGCAGUCCAGCCAGGCGGAAUUCAAACAUCAGUUUGGAAGCCAUGUUAGCCUUCACGAAAACGAACAGAUCGAAUCCGUCAACUAUUCUCAUAUUGCAGCAUGAAAACGGAUUAUACCAUGCCGCAAGUUUGGUGAAACAUAUAUUUGAAUCGUUAAAGGACUGGAUGACAACCAACUCUACCAGUUUACCCGAUCUCGAAGAAACUACACUACGAAUGUAUUUAACCAUAGCACAGUUCAACGACGCUAGUUCAAAAUCAUUAUGGGGAGAUGUUUGCUAUAAACCUGAUACCAGUCUUCUUAAGCGUGCUCGAAAUAAUCGAUUUUCAUUGAAUUCGGAAGCCGAGCAAAUAUGUGUUCUUAGUUCAGUUAAUCAGGAAGCAAUUCAGAUUAUCGGAAUACUCUUGAAGAAACUCACUAAUAGUAAUAGUAUUGCCGGGGAUUGGGAAUUACUUGGAAUAAAAAGUUUCCCAAGUCUCAGUCUUGUUCAAUCAAGGGAGGUAACUCCACAUGAAGUCGGUGAUAGUUCUUGGCUUGACAGUAUCAAGCUAUUGAUGUCAAAUCCUGUAGUUGUCUGCGUCUUUCGAGGAAUCAAUAUCAUACAACGUCUGCGUGAUUUCAUGAUUUCUCUUGCAAAAGAAGAUAGCUGUAUACACAAUGAAUGGACAUUAUCCCUGACUUCAGAGGUCGCCUUUCGACAGUUAACAGUUUUAUUUGAAGAAUCAGAACUGUUUCCCGAUGACUCCAAUAGAACCAAUACUGUUUUCGUUCCUCCACUUCGACAGAUGUUACAAAGUUUCGCACAAAAGGAAACGAACGCUUCUUUCCAGAAAAAACGACGAAAAGUGUUUGGUCACAAAACACGUUCCACCACUGAUGAUUCGUCGUCCAGUGUAGAAACUGCACGGUACAUUGAGGUACCUAUCAUACAAUCAUUGCUGUUCGGUCCAAGACCAUUGCCCACGAUUGCAUUGAUUAAACCUUACUGUGUUGCAAACACAAAGAAGAUUGGUAAAAUCUUUAAAAGUUUUCUCCAAGAAAACUUCGAUAUCGUGGCAUUAAACAUGAGAGUGUUAACCCAAAGUGAAGCACAAGUUUUAGUCCGUAAUGAUGAAUCGGACUACAAUGAACAUAUCCAAUAUUUGACCUCCAGUACAUCUCUUGUGAUAUGCUUACAACGUGAAAAUGCUGUGAAGAAACUUCUGGAUAUCUUGGGUCCGGAAGAUCCCAUAAUAGCCCGUAGUCUUGAUCCAUUUCUGCUCCGCGGUUGUUAUGGCGUCGACUCUAUCCACAACGCUAUUCACGGUUCAGAAUCGUACAGUUCGGCUAUAUGCGAAUUGAAAAUGCUAUUUCCUUGUGGUGUUUGCUGCGGACCGUCCGUUGAUCUUGAGGCAGAACAGAUUCCAUGCCGUGCAUUUGAUGAGACAAUUGGGAAGAAAACAGGACGGAAAAUGAUAAAAAAUUUCACAACGACCACCGCCCAAAAUUUGAUCAAUUGUUUGGUGCAGGUCAACUGUGUGAUAUUAACCCACCAUAUUUUAUAUGGUAGAAAUGAUAGAAAAAGGAUUGCAUUAGUUGAUGUGCUGGAGUUCUUCUUAUCGGCAAACUUUGUUCCGGUCGGAAUGAAGAUGACAAUGUUGUCACGUGAACAAGUUAAUGAAUUCUUCAUGUUGAUUGGUCCAAGAGCAGACAGGAAACAUUUGGAGAAUGAACUGUCAGAAGGACCUUGUAUUAUACUUGCUUUGCAAAGAGAUAAUGCUAUCACGUGCUUUGAUUCUAUCAUUGAAAGUGUUGAAAGAAAACGGCGUUCAAUCACAGAGCAUCGUGAACACAUAAUCCAUGCUGAAACAGAGAAUGAAGCCAAAAACUUACUAAUCUAUUUCUUCGAUGAAUUAGCUGCGAACUCCGUGCAACAAAUUUCUCAAGUUUAAUGUACAGUGAAUGUGUAUGAACAU